GCCGCGUUCGCUAGCUUCGUUAUGGUGGGCGGUCGCUGUUCGAUUUGCUACAUUUCUCAGUUGAUUGUCGCUGGGAGGGCAAGGAUCCUUUUCUAGAGCGCAGAUGACAUCACGAUGGAAUUUGUGAAACAGCCUCUUGAGGAGGGCAAUGGAGAUGCCAGGAAUAUCUAUGAGGUUCCGUUUGAUCUGGAUGAUCCAACGUUCGAUGAAGUCGAUGUGCACAUCCAAGAGAACCUCGAAGAUGAAUUUAUCAAAGAAGCCUUACAAUCGGGAAUGGACUUGCGACAGUACUCGUUGCAAGUGGAAAAGGAUCUGAAGGAAGUUGAAAACGCUUCGAUUCAAGAUUACAUAGAAGAAAGCGUCAACAUUGCGAGCCUGCACAACCAGAUUGCCGCAUGUGACGAAAUUCUCGAGCGCAUGGAGAACAUGCUGAAGACAUUCCAAGAAGAUCUGGGAAGCAUUAGCCAUGAAAUCCUGACUCUGCAGCAGCAGUCCGUGUCCAUGAAUGUGCGACUGAAGAAUCGGCAGGCUGUGCGAGGAGAGCUUAGCCAGUUUGUAGAUGACAUCAUUGUUCCUGAGGCUAUGAUUAACAACAUUUUGGAGAUGCCAGUGACGGAAAAGGAGUUUCUGGAGCAACUUUAUGUCUUGGACCACAAGAUUUCAUUCGUGAAAGAGCAGUCCUUCAAAGACUCAAGGUCGUGCCAGGAUGUCAGAGACAUACUGGAGAAGCUCAAGUUCAAAGCGAUUGCCAAGAUCCGGGAGUACCUGCUGCAGAAGGUGUACUCAUUCCGCAAGCCCACCACCAACUACCAGGUGCCCCAGAAUGCCAUGCUCAAGCACAAGUUCUGCUACCAGUUCCUCAUGACGCACGAGCGGGAGAUUGCACGGGAGAUUCGGGACGAAUAUGUGGACACCAUGGGCAAGAUCCUCUUCUCCUACUUCAAGAGUUACACCAACCGGCUCAUGAAGCUGCAGUUCGAAGAAGUGGCCGAGAAAGACGACCUGAUGGGCGUCGAGGACACCACCAAGAGAAGUCUCUUCAGUUCAAAGCCGUCCCUGAAGAACCGGUCGACAGUUUUCACCGUGGGGACCAGAAACAACAUUCUGACCACAGAACUGGAGAGUCCCAUCAUCGUGCCGCACGCUGCUCAGAAGAAUGAUGCAAGGUACCCCUUUGAGAGCCUGUUCAGGAGUCAGCAGUAUGCCCUGCUUGACAAUGCCUGCAGGGAGUACCUCUUUGUCACCGAGUUCUUCAUGUGUUCUGGCAGCGCUGCUCAAGACUUGUUCAACUUGAUCAUGAGCAAAACCUUGACCAUGUUUCUGAAACAUGUGGAGCUGUACGUUCAAGACUGCUACGAUUCCAUUGCUCUCUUUCUGUGCAUCCACAUUAUUCACCGAUUUCAGUUGCUGAUGCACGAGAGGUCGGUGCCAGCCCUUGACAGGUAUUGGGAAUCUCUGCUGCAGUUUUUAUACCCGAGGUUUGAGUACAUCCUGAGGCUGAACAUUCAGAGCAUCAGGGACUGUGACCCGCAGAAACUGGGAAGCAUUGACAUGCGUCCCCAUUAUAUUACAAGGCGGUACGCGGAGUUCUCUGCGGCUGUUGUGAGCAUCAACGAGAAUUUCCCGAGCGAACGCGUGGCCUCCCUGCUCGCCGCUUUACAAGGAGAAGUAGAGAACUUCAUUCUCAAAAUGGCGGCUGAAUUCCAAGGGAGGAAAGAGCAGCUCAUCUUUCUGAUCAACAACUACGACAUGAUGUUGAGCGUCCUACUGGAGAGAACCAAGGAGGACUCGAAGGAAACGGAGAGCUUCAAGGAGCUGCUCAACGCUCGCACUCAGGAAUACGUCGAAGAGAUUUUAGCUCCGCACUUUGGAGGCAUGAUCAGCUUUGUUAAGGAGUGCGAGCUUCUUCAAGAAAGAGGCCAAGCUGAUGUGAUGCAAAGGGAAGAGAAAAAGGUCACCAUGCUCGUGAGGUCCUUCAAUACGGGCUGGAAAAAGGCAAUAGACGACAUCAACCAUGAUAUCAUGCAGACAUUUACAAAUUUCAAGAAUGGAACCAACAUCUUGCAGGCAGCCUUGAUGCAGCUGAUCCAGUACUACCACCGUUUCCAGAAGGUACUCAGCCAGGCGCCCUUCAAGCAGCUCACCGUUCGUACCGAGCUCCUCAACAUCCACCACCUCAUGGUGGAGGUGAAGAAGUACAAGCCAAACUUCUGAAUUGGCUCGAGCCGCGAGCCAGCAACUUAUCCGGUGCCGCAGCAGCGAGAGCUGCAAAAUUCACCGCAUCAUAAACGAGCAGUCUUAUCAGUGUGGAGAACCGAAUCGCUGAACAAUGCAGGGACGUUCAAGCACGACAAGCAUGGCCAUUCCAAGCUUCACUGUCACCUGGCGAUACAAUUAGUACCGUAGUAAAAGCAGGUUUUUUGUCUUUA